AUGGACGUCCUCUCAUUCGAGAUUUUUCUGGAGUCGCUCGGACCGGAGAAAUCAUGCUGGGUGACCGGGAAUAUCGAUUACUCAGGCAUGACUUUGGAGGAUGUCAGGAAGUACUACCGGGGCGAGGUGAUCUAUGUGCCGGAGGACGAUGUGCAUUUUCCCACUCUCAACGUCCAGCAAACAUUGGAAUUUGCUCUUCAAAGCAAGACGCCCAAAAGGUAUCAAGAGCGAAUCCCACGAUAUCUCGAGAUCUACGGCAGGGUUUUCGGUAUGUCCCAUACCAUGAAGACCCUCGUGGGAAAUGAGUAUAUCCGUGGUGUGUCUGGAGGAGAACGAAAACGGAUUUCUAUCAUUGAAUCCCUUGCAACCGAUUCCUCAGUUAUGUGCUGGGAUAAUUCUACUAGAGGCCUAGAUGCUUCGUCGGCGCUGGACUACGUCCGCAGUCUUCGGAUUAUGACUGACACAUGCGGAAAGGCAACCCUACUGACCCUGUACCAAGCUUCUGACGCCAUUUUUGAUCUGGUUGAUAAGGUUCUGCUCAUUGACGAAGGGCGAAUGCUCUACCAGGGUCCAGCGUAUGAAGCGAAAGGGUACUUCGAGAAUCUGGGUUACCAAUGUGCGGAAGCGCACUCAUUCUAUGCCGCCCCUGUAUUGUCAGGAAACAGCUCUACAGACCUGCAAUCGAAAGCAUUCUCCUGUUUUCUGGUUCUGAUGCUGGUGCCAGAAUUCAUCAAUGCAAUCUCGAUGCGAUUCAUUUUGAACCGUGAUCUCUGGAAAGCCCGGGACCCAGUGGAGUUGGUAUUCUACGUGUUGUAUUACUUCCUCGUCGGUCUUCCUCUGGGGUUCGCAGCUGCUUAUACGUUCUUGAUGUUCUUCCUUUUCUUCCUUUUCGCCACGUCCUGGGGUCAGUGGAUUGCUGCAUUAAGCGCGGAUUCAAUGGUGGCUGCUACUCUUAUGCCAUUUUUCAUCAUCAUGUGCGAGCUGUUCAAUGGUAUCUUACAGCCACACAAGAACAUGCCUGUGUUCUGGAAGUACACGAUGUACUAUCUCACCCCAUUCACCUACUGGAUAGGAGGCGUAUUGACGUCUGUUCUACGUGGUAUGCCCGUGAUCUGCAGUCAAGAUGAAUUGGCUAUUUUCGAGAGCCCACUCAACAUGACAUGCGGCGAGUAUGCGAUGCCCUGGUUGUCCAGUACCGGCAGCGGUUAUCUCUCAAAUCCAGAUGGUCGUGGCAAUUGCGGAUACUGCAAGUAUAGCCGGGGUGAUGAUUAUCUCUCAGAGAUUGGUCUAGACGAGUCAAAGAUCUGGCCUUAUUUGGGUAUAUUCACGGCAUUUGUCAUCUCGAAUUACCUCAUGGUCUACGCACUGGUUUAUCGGCUGUUGAAUGGCCCUCCCGAGCUGAGCAUCGCUGGGAAAAUUCCCACAUGGGAUCAAGUACUCAUUGCCACGCCCUUCAAAGAUGGACGACGACCAGGAGUUGCCGUCUCCUAUGGAGCACUCAGGAUCAUCGCCCAAAUCCGCAGCACGUCGGCGCAGACCGCCAUUAUCAUGCACCGACCUCAGGCUGGCUCUCUAUCAAGCGUCCGACGCGCUGGAGAUCAAGACACGACUGUCAGUGACCGUGCUCGGGCGUCCACAGAUCGCGGUAGUCCAGUUUAUAGUGGUGUCUAUGUCUUCGACUCCAAGCACCAACCGUUUCCAACCAGGGUUGCGAAGCCUAAAAAUCGCUCUGAUGAGAUGCAGGAGCUGCGCAACCGAGUACUAACAUUGGAAAAUGCACUGGCAAAGGCCAGCUCGAUUCAAACUCCAGAGACCCUUGGGGCCGAACCGUCGAUCGUCUCGGAAUCGGGACCUCGUACAAUGGGAGACGAACACUAUCUCAGCGAAGACAUCAGGUCUCUCCCAUGGGCGUCUUUUCGGGGGAAAAAAACUAACACUACGUACUGUGGUCGCUCGCACUCUGCGUCGUCCCUGUCAUUCUUCCGGGAUGUUGGUGAAUUCUUGAGGCAACGCAAAUCCAGGCAUAAGAAAGAUUCCGAGUACGGAUCUCUGAGACAAUUCAAGAAAGAAAUGUGGCUCAAGGAAAGACAAGAACAGCAGCAACGUGCGCGUCGUGAGCAGGCUUCUUCUCUUGUGGACCUGCUUCCUCCUCGCCGAGUUGCUGAUGAGCUAGUCCAGUUGUACUUGUCCAAUUUCGAAACGACAUAUCGCAUCUUGCAUAUACCAACGUUUCUCAAGCAGUACGAAGAUUACUGGACUGCACCCGAGAAUCCUGAUAUGGUUUUCUUGGCCAAGCUUUUGCUUCUGAUGGCCGCUAGCAGUUGCUUUUACAGUCCAACAACAAAGAUCAACGGCAAGGAUUCACUUUCGAGUACUGCAAUACAUUGGAUUGAAGCUGUCCAGAUAUGGAGCGUCACGUCAUUUGCGACUCGAAACACCAACUUUAACAUGUUGCAAGUCCAUUGUCUGUCGUUGAUUGCGCGCCAAGCGAACGCUUUUGAUGGGGAUAGCAUUUGGGUAUCAUCUGGCUCGCUGAUACGAUCAGCCAUGACCAUGGGCUUACACCGUAACCCAUUGCGCUUCCAGAAGCUGUCCAGAUUCUGGGCAGAAAUGCGCCGUCGUUUGUGGGCUACCAUACAGGAGUUAGACCUACAGUCGUCGAUGGAUGGAGGGAUGCCGCCGACGAUUGACCUGGAGGAGUACGAUUGUGAUCCACCAUCCAACUACGAUGACGCAGAUCUGGUCGAAAGCAUGACAGAAGAUCCGCCUCCCAAAGAUCCCGGCAUCCUGACUCGGAGCAGCUUUCAGGUUCUGCUUUCGCGUUCAUUGCCCGUACGAGUACACAUAGCAAAGCUCGUCAACCGCCUGAGAUUCACACUCUCGUAUGACGAAGCUCUGCGCUUGAGCAAGGAGCUCAUGCAAUCUCUGCAUGAUGCUCUGGAUUUGUUCCCGAGCGACGGAUCUCUGUUGCAUAUACCCGGCGUUGAGAAUCCCGCAUUCACCAAGUCGUAUUUCAUUUUCCUAAUACGCAGACAUCUGCUAGUCCUCCAUCGCCCUUUUUGUCUCAGUAUCAUGCAGACUCCCAAAUUCUCCUACUCACGAAAGAUUUGCCUCGACUCAGCGCUGGAUAUGCUCUCCCUGCUGGAGCCCCCUCUUGGCGACGUUCCCGAAGCACAGCCCCAUCCUCAUCUUGGACAUUUGACCGGCGGAAUGUUCCGUGAAGAGCUAUUCCAUGCGGCGAUAAUGGUGUGUGUGGAGCUAGUUCUGCAGGCUGAUGAGCUUUCGCGGUCAAAGUCCAUGCUCCCCGGCCAAAGUAGCGUCUUGAGCUCUCUCAACGAGAUGGCAGAAUCCAAGCAAGCGGUCAUGGUACGUGCCGUUGAAAACACCAUCAAAGUCUUUGGCAGUCGCAUUGCACCAGGAGGAAGGGGUUGCAAGCCAUACCUCUUCCUGACUAUCACGCUUGCAUCUGUCAAGGCGCGCUUGAAAGGGGAGGAUUCCUUCAGGACUAUGGAUCAAGCUGGUACAAACGCCAUCAGAGACUGCCAUUUACUGAUGAGGGGGGUGCCUUGGGCUGACGCCAGUAUUUCAACACCCGGGCUCACUGCCGGUACGCCGCUUGACCUGCCCUUUGAUCCUAUGUCUUUCGUUCCUAGCUCCAUGGAGGACAUUUCGCCCCUGGACUUUGGAAACCUUUUUGACAUGACCGACUAUGGAGCUUUGGAAGUUUGGAAUAACGAUUUCUUCUCAGGGUAUUAA